AUGGCGGGUACAAGAAACUAUGAUUUCCUGAUCAAGUUAUUGUUGAUCGGAGAUUCCGGCGUUGGCAAGUCUUGCUGUCUCUUGCGGUUCAGCGAAGACUCCUUCACCCCAUCGUUCAUCACUACAAUCGGAAUCGAUUUCAAAAUCCGCACCAUCGAGUUGGAUGGCAAGAGAGUGAAACUGCAGAUCUGGGACACGGCCGGCCAGGAGCGCUUCCGGACCAUCACAACUGCAUACUACCGCGGCGCGAUGGGUAUCCUCCUCGUCUAUGACGUGACCGACGAGCGGUCUUUCCAUAACAUCCGAACCUGGUUCUCAAAUGUGGAGCAACAUGCCAGCGAAGGGGUACACAAGAUCCUCAUCGGGAACAAGUGCGACUGGGAAGAGAAGAGGGCCGUCUCGACCGAACAGGGCCAACAGCUGGCCGACGAGCUCGGUAUCCCAUUUUUGGAGGUGUCGGCGAAGAACAACAUCAACAUCGAAAAGGCGUUUUAUAACCUUGCAUCGGAUAUCAAGAAGGGCAUGGACACCUCCAAGACCGAACAAUCUGCCCAGGGAGUCAGUAUAGACCAGCAGGGCUCUGGUCUGAAUGGUGGCACUGGAGGAAAGUGUUGCUAG